AUGUAUAUUCUUCUGUUUGUCGCAACAUUUAUUCGCAUACUUAAUUGUCAAUUAAAUGAUUUUCAAAUCAUUUGUCAAGCUGGUAUUCGACAAGAUAAUACGAACUAUAUUCAUUGUGGUCGUAAACAACUAACAGAAAUUCCAAAUUUUAUUCGUAUAACAAAUACAUUAUACGAUGAACUUGUUUUGAAUGACAAUCAAAUAACUGAAAUUCAUGCGAAUGCUUUUCAAGGUUUACGUGUUAAACGUUUAAAUCUUGCUGGAAAUAAAAUUCGUUUUCUUUCACCUCAUGCAUUUAUCGAAUUAUCAAAUUAUCUCGAAGAAUUAAUUAUAGAAUUUGAUUCGAAUUCUUUUCAUCAUAUUCCUGAUGCAAUAAAAAUCAAUCUAAUAAAUUUACGUUCAUUAAAAUUAAUUAAUUUAAAUUUAAUCGAAAUAAAAAAUCAUACAUUUAUUAAAUUUCGUAAACUCGAACAAUUAUCAAUAAUAAAAUCUCAUAUUAAAUCGAUUCAAUCGGAUGGCUUUCAAGCAUUGAAUAGUUUACGUUCGUUAAAUUUAGAUCAAAAUAAUCUAAAUGAUUCGUCAUGGAAUUCAUUAAUGAAAUAUUUACCUAAUCUAGAAACAUUAUGUUUAAGUCAAAAUAAUUUUAAUUAUCUUAAAAAUAUUCAUUUGAAAUAUUUAAAAAUUCUUGAUCUAUCCUCGAAUGGUUUACAAUAUAUUGAUAGAAAUAUAUUUCAUUCGUUAGAAAAACUUUAUUUACAAAAUAAUGAAAUUAAUUCAUUACAAUUAACAUUUUUAUUAGCGUUGAAAAAUUUAAAAGAAUUAAAUUUAGAUUUUAAUCGUUUAACUUUUCUACCGGAGAAGAUUUUUCAAAUCAGUUCAAAUCUUAUUUAUUUAUCAUUACAAGGCAAUGAUUUAAAUUAUUUAACUAAUUAUUCAUUUUAUGGUUUAAAAAAUUUAAUUCAUUUAAAUCUAGCAAGAAAUCGUUUACAAUUUGCUUGGAAUCAAAAACCGUUUCAAUAUUUAAAUUCAUUGAGAAUAUUAAAUCUUGAUAGAAAUUUACAUAUGAAUAUAACAAAGAAGAUUUUAGAAGAUUUAUCAAUGAAUCUAUUUGAAUUAUCCAUGCAAAAUUGUAAUCUAACAAAAAUUAAUUUUUCAUUAGAUUUUUUAUUUAACCUUCAACGGUUAAAAUUAUCAUCCAAUAAUUUAAAAGGAUUGCCAAAAAACUUUUUAAAUUAUUCGAUUAUAUCAAUUGAUCUGCAGCGAAAUCUAUUUACGUCUAUACCCGAUCUAGUGGAAAAUAUAUCAUCGAAUUUAAUUGAUCUCGAUCUUAGUUCAAAUCAAAUAUCAAAUUUAAAUGAAAAAGAUCUAUUAAAAUAUUCACAUUUGAAAACUAUUGGUCUAACAGGAAAUCCAUUAGAUUGUAGUUGCCAUCUUAAAUGGAUUCAACAAUGGUUAAGAGAAAAUUAUGAACAAGAUUUAAUUAAAUUUCUACAAUGGACAUGUGCAAAACCACAACAUCUUUUUGGAAAACAAUUGACAACUAUUAAAGAAAACGAUAUGAUAUGUAAUGAAAAUGAAAAUACUAAUCAACACGAGAUAAUUACAGAAUCAACAUCAAUAACUAUAGUAUCAUCGAGUGAUGUUCCUUUGACAUCAGUAAAAACUAAUAGUAUUCAAAGUUCAACAAUUGAAUCAUCAUUGAACGAAUUAAUAAUUAAAGAUAUUGUAUUUGAUCCAAAUGGUAUUUUAAUCAUAUCAUGGGAAUAUCUAUUGUCACAAUUACCAAAAUAUUAUCAUUUAGAAAUCUAUGAUAAAAAUCACUAUAUAAUAUAUCAAAGUUUAAUUGAUGGCCAGCAACGUUCUGCUGAAAUUGAUAUAUCAGAUUAUUUUGAAAAAGUUCCAUCGAUAUAUAUUGUUUGUAUUAAUAUUGAACAUCGAAAAUAUUGUCGAAAUAUUUUUUUAAAACUAAAUUCAAAUUUAAUUAAAUCGACUUCAAUUGUUUUGUCAUCAAAUAAACAUAACUAUGAACAAUGGAUUUAUCUUCUGGGUGGAAUUCUUCUUGGAGCUAUUCUAGUGUGUUCUAUAUUAAUUAUUAUUUGUUAUUAUCGUCUCCGUUAUUAUUCAAAAGAAAAUCUAUCACAAAUACCAUCGAUUAAAUCCGAUGAAAAAUCAUUAAAAACAUUUUAUUAUCAUCCAUUAAAUGUUAUAAGUUAUCCUCAACCGCAAAGUAGUAAUACUAGUGAAUGCUCAUUACAUUCAUCCAUUGAUACAAAUCAUUUAGCUAAUGAUCCUUAUCAUGUGUAUCAACAAAUACCAUCUGUACAUAAUUGUCAAUUACAUCCGAAAAGAACACAUAUUCUAAUAUGA